GGGCGGGAUUUAAUGUUCUGCGUUUCCUGUUUAAAAAUUGAUGGUGGAGUGUUACUUUGUCACAUUGAACAGUAAAUCAUUGACAGCACACGCUGAAGAGUGCAGAAGUGUGGUAAUGGCUGAAAAGGCUGGCCCCUUUGUCAUUCUGAAUCAUAAUGUAUGGGGCAACUCUUCACAUCACCCGGGGUCUGACCAGGAUUGUCAUCAUCAUGUUAACUUGGAUCACCAACCUGUAGCUGAUGAGUCAGACAGAAUAUAUAUGGAUUACAAUGCCACCACUCCAGUCGAUCCAGAUGUUGUUAGGGCUGUCACUGAAACUUUAACUGAUGCGUGGGGAAAUCCCAGCAGUAAUUACUUGCCAGGUCUGAAAGCAAGAGACACUGUUUACCAUUGCAGAGACACUGUUGCAAGGAUGGUCGGUGGCAAAGCAUCAGACAUUAUAUUUACAUCAGGAGGAACUGAGGCCAAUAAUUUGGUGUUUCACACAGCAGUGGAGCAUUUCGGGAAAUGUAUGAAUUCUUCAGAGGGAAACGCAUACAUCCAGAAGCUGAAUGGAAGAGGGUCCCUCCCCCAUAUAAUCACUUCGAAUGUGGAGCAUGACUCCAUCAAAGUCACAGCGGAAUACUUGUUAAAAGAUGGCAAAGCAGAUGUCACGUUUGUGCCCAUUUCCAAGGUGACUGCACGGGUGGAGGUAGAGGAUGUCAUUGCAGCGCUUCGUCCCACCACAUGCUUGGUGUCAGUUAUGCUGGCCAACAAUGAGACAGGCAUCAUUAUGCCAAUUAAAGACAUUUGUCUGAGGGUUAAGGAGGUAAACAAACAGAGGUCUCUGUCAACUCCCAGAAUCCUCCUGCACACUGAUGCAGCCCAGGCUAUUGGAAAGAUACGAGUGAAUGCACAAGAUCUGGGAGUAGACUACAUUACCAUUGUAGGGCACAAGUUUUAUGGCCCUCGAAUCGGGGCUUUGUUUGUGAAUGAUCCUGGAACCAAAACCCCAGUGUACCCUCUGCUUUUUGGAGGAGGACAAGAGCGCAAUUUCAGACCAGGAACUGAAAACACAGCAAUGAUAGCUGGUCUUGGAAAGGCUGCAGAAUUAGUAAGCUUAAAUCUAGAUGCAUACGAAACCCAUUUAUUGGAUAUUAGAUGCUACCUGGAGCAGAAGCUGAUAGCUGUCUUUGGAGAGGAUAAGGUUCAUUUUAACAGUCGUUUUCCUGGCUCAGAAGUUUUGCCCAACACUUGCAAUGUGUCCAUCAUGGGAAGAGGACUGGAGGGGCGUAGAGUGUUGUCCACAUGCAGGAGGUUGUUGGCUAGUGUUGGUGCUGCCUGCCACUCAGACAGAGGAGAUCAGGCGUCCUAUAUUCUUCUCAACUGUGGGAUUCCACAUGAUGUGGCUACCAAUGCUCUGAGAAUAAGUGUGGGCAGAAGUACCUCCCGUGAAGAUGUGGACAUUGUAGUGGAGGAUCUGAGAGAAACUGUUGAGCAGCUGGAGAGAAUAAACUAGUGCUGUUUUCCAGAAUAACAUCUGUGGGAUGGAUUUUACAUAGACAAAGUGAUAUUGCUCUUGAACCUAAAAUGAAUCUUAAUCAAAUGGUUUCUUUAGCCUACAGUUAUGUGCUAUUAGUAUGAAAACAACAUUUAUUGUUUGAGAGUGUGUUAAAAGUAUAGGCUUCUGGACAGCAGAAUAUUUCAAGUAAUGUAAAAUGUACCUUAAUUUAUUAAGCUACAAGAUAUGCUAAUUAAUGUCAAUAGUUUGGUAGUUUAAAAUUUUUGGAUAUGAAUAUUGGCCUAGCUGUAGUCAGUUCAGGUCAGAGUUUAGGGAUCUUUUUUAGAUUUGGGAAGGGUUGCAAUUUUUGUUUUAUAAUAAAUGCCUCUUAAAGCAGUACCUUAACUAUCCUAUCCAUACUAUGGAAACAUUUUAAAGGGUAACUCCACCAAAGAAUGAAUUGUUCCACAACCGUAAGACCUCCAAUCAUUUUUGGAACCCAAAUUAAGAUGUUUUGAUGAGGUUGCAGAGAUUUCGGACACCCCCAAAGACAGCAUCGCAACGUACAAUCAAAGCACAUGAAGUUAAUAAAGAAAUGGUUAAAAUAAUCCAUGUGACUCAACAAUUUUCUCCCUUCGACGUGUGUCCAGAAGCGUCUGCCUCUGAUUAACAUGCAUGCAUUGUGAACGCCGGCUCCUGUGUCUGCACUGCACGCAUGGGUCACAUGCUCUUCUGAACGCGCUUUGGAGACUGACGCGGAAAGGAGAAAUUGUUGAAUAAAGCUUAUUUUUGUUUUAUUGCACACACAAGAAGUAUAGUCGUCUCUUCAUAAAAUGAAGAUUGUAGUCAAUGGGGAGUCAAAUUGUCUAUUUUAACCAUGCAUUUACUAACUCUGCGCUAGGGCUGUCGCGAUAAACCAACGAUAAAUAUCACGUGAUUUAUGCACAGCUUUUGAGUGAAGUACGGGAAAAUACUGCUGCAUCCGAAAGCCAGAGGGCGCUCUCGUGUGGAAACUCCAAAUAUGCACUGCAGAAGAAGAUCAUAACACGGUCUAGAAUCUAGGAAAUGCCUAUGGACAUCUUUUUUUAUCACUGUUACUCAAGCCUCAUCAGGUAUUUUUAUGAUAAUAAAGUAUAUUUAUAAUGAUCAUGUUUGACGGGUGUUGUUUUUUCAAAUGCACAUUAUAAGCGACUCAAACUCGCACUGCUUUUAGAUCGAGCAGCAUUUCCUACUGAUCCUAGAGCCGUGCAUCACGGAUAAGCUACAAAGAAAAAAAAAUCGACACAUUGCAUAUCGCAGCCAGCUUGAUUUCAAUAGGAUUUAGUGGUAUCGCGAUAAAAUAUCGUGCAACCCUACUCUGCGCUAUGGUUGUAUGUUGCAUUGCAGUCUAUGGGGGAGUCAGAAAGCUCUUGGACAUCAUCAAAACUAUCUUAAUUUGUGUUCGGAAGCUGAACAGAGGUCUUAGGGUUGUGGAACGACUUAAUGGUGAGCAAUUUUCAUUCUUUUUGUAUUGGGAGAAUAAUUAAAAGGCUUUUAAUAAAGGUUUUCGCUAGCUUUUGGAACUGAGCAAUUUUAUAUGUUCAUGUAGUAAGGCAUGUGCCUUUAUAUGACGUUGAAUCUAGGCUGCAGUUACAGUGGAAUGUGAUGGUGUAUACAGAUAAAUUACUGUUUAGCGUGUUAACAAAAUGUUUGUAUGCUCUCCUACUUGUAAGUCGCUUUGGAUAAAAGCAUCUGCCAAAUGAAUAAAUGUAAAUAAAAAAAUAAAAAA